AUGGAUUACAUCAGCGCCCACACAUGCAUUGACUUUUACGAGGAUCCGUCUGCUACUAAUCGUGUAUUAAUUGUGAAGUACGAGGAUAAAUGCUGGUCAACAGGUGUAGGAAUGCAUGGAGGAGUGCAAAAUAUAUCGUUAGGAGAAAGAUGCGAUGAUGUGAAUACUGCGGUGCAUGAGAUAAUUCAUACUCUUGGAGUAGAACAUACGCAGAGGCGAGAUGAUCGUGACAAAUACAUUACGGUCGACACUUCAUGUGUGCCAGUAAGUGAAUAG